GAGGGGUCAUUAUCGCGGGGUUCCCCAGGCGGGAUAGCCACCACACCGGAGCUCCUUGCUCCGCUCGCCUCCGAUGCGGCGCUGGCCUCCGCCUCGCCUGGUGCCCCGGCGCCCGGCGGAGCAGCGGGCGGGGGGCGGAGCGGCGCCUGCGCACCCCGGCGCCGCGGGAAGUUGGAAAGCGGCAGGCCGCGCCUGGGGGCUGGAGCCGAGACUCUGCCCGGGCAAGGGCGCGCUCGGCCCGGGCAUGGGCGCGGGGCCGGCAGAGGGCCUGGCACGGCGGCUGCGGGCAGCGCUGCGCGCAGAGGAGCCAAGCGCCGUGGAUGAGUUACUGCUUGGCGGCGCCGACCCCAACCUGGUGCUCCCCGAUGGUGUGGCGGCUGUGCACCUGGCAGCUGGCGCCCGCCGCCCACGGGGCCUGCGCUGCCUCGGGCUGCUGCUGCUCCGGGGAGGGGACCCCAAUGUUCGCUCAGCGGAGGCGCUGACGCCCCUGCACGUGGCGGCUGCCUGGGGCUGUCGCCGCGGCCUGGAGCUCCUGCUGAGCCGUGGAGGGGACCCCGAGUUGUGCGACCAGGAUGGACUGCGGCCGCUGGACCUGGCCGAGCAGCAGGGACACCAUGACUGCGCACGCGUCCUGCGGCACCUGCACACACAGACCCGCAGCCCCAGCGAGGCCAAGCCGGCCAGAUGCUUUGCUGGCGGUGCUGGCGAUGCAGUGACCUCGCGCCCCGCAGCCGGAGCCGACAGCGAUCCCCCUGCGCCCCCCAGCUCGCCCACCUCGUCCCAGGAGGCAGAGCCAGAUGGACGCCCCGCAUCCCCCCAGGAACCCCUGGAUGGCUGCUGCUCCGACACCUCUUUCGUCACUGCGGUGGAAAGCCUAGACCCUGAGGACUCGAGCCUGAGGCUGUCUCCCUGCACGGGCUCCCUGUCCGCCCUGCCGAGGGUCCCCAGCGUACUCCUGGAUGACCUGCACGGGAUGCAGGUCCACCUGCUGGAUACCCGGCUGCGGGCCCUGAGUGUGACCUCGCCGGCUGCUUCCUGUCCCGCCUCUAGCCACUCCCAGGGGACCCCAGGUGGCCCAUGCCCAGUUGAUGACUCCACCGACAAGGACCCAGCCAUUCUCUGGGGGACCGAGGACAAAGCCAGCCUCCCAGGUGGCCGGGACCCUGAGCUUUCGGACCUGGAGCUGCUGCGGAGACUGCGGGCACUGGGGGAGAACCCUGGCCCCAUCACGCCCUUCACCCGCAGGCACUACUUGCGGCGGCUGCAGCUGGCUGAAGCAGUUUCUGCGGGUUGUGACUUUACAGGGCGCAGCCCGGAACUGGCCGAGGCCCUGCGCACUGGCCGCAUCCCGGACGCACGGGUGGAUGAGGACACGCUCAUCCGGGAAUUCGCGCGGCCCGACCCCGGCCGCAGGUGGCGCGAGGGCGUGGCCAAGUCCAGCUUCACGUACCUGCUGCUGGACCCCAGGGAGACGCAGGACCUGCCGGCCCGUGCCGCCUCACUGAGCCCGGCCCAGCGCCUGCAGAGCUUCGUGGGUGCUGUCUUCUACGUGGGCAAGGGGACCCGAGCCCGGCCCAACGUCCACCUUUGGGAAGCGCUCGGCUACCACCGGGGCCGGCCAGGCAAAGCGGCCUGCCCUAAGGUGCGCUACAUCCUGGACAUCUGGGCCAGUGGUCGCGGCGUGGUCUCCCUGCACUGCUUUCAGCACGUGGUCGCCGUGGAGGCUUACACACGGGAGGCGUGUCUGGUGGACGCCCUAGGGAUCGAGACCCUCACCAACCAGAAACAAGGGCACUGCUAUGGAGUGGUGGCCAGCUGGCCGCCCGCUCAACGCCGGCGCUUGGGCGUGCACCUGCUGUACCGUGCCUUGCUCGUCUUCCUGGCUGAGGGGGAGAGAGAGCUGAGGCCCCAAGACAUCCAGGCUCGAGGCUGAAGUUGCCCAGAAAUGGGGCA